AUGAUGAUGCGCUGCGUGCUGCUUGUGUGUGUCCUCUGCGUGUGGUGUGCCGGCGGGUGUGCGGCAGCCGGCGGCGGGGAGGCGGCGGUGGGGGCGGCGCAGACUCAACACACCAGCAACGUUCCGGGGGACCAGGUGCCGAAGAAGAUUGUUUUUUUCCCGGGCCAUAGUAAAUUGGUGGAGAAGUUGAAAAUUAAUGGUUCUUUGACUAAAGAGCCCCCUGAGAGUGAUAAUGGCACUUCGAAAUAUAAGGUUCCGGGGCGAGACAUCACUGUGACCAUCAAGGCUUCCGAUGCUAAAAAUGAACAGUUGCGUGUCAUCUAUCAGGGUGAUGAAAAAGGUCCUUUUCCUAAAGAACCUAAGAUUAUGCAUCUCUAUGACCCAAAGAGGAUAAAAAAGCCAGCGGAGGAAAAUGACCAAAAGGAGGAAACCACCGAAAUGCUGGAACAAAAAAAGCUGGAACAGGUAAAGCUGGAGCAAGCACAGCUGGAAAAAGAAAAGGAGGAAGUGCUGAGCAGCGUUCCAGGGGAUAUGGAUGGGAAGAGUGAAAGCACGCCGC